GUGCACAGGCUGCUAACUAAAGGUUACUUCCAAUAUAAAGAUCUACCCUGCGGUAAAGGAAAGUAUCCGAAGUCCGUAUUCCCUGCUGGGUUCGGUCUUGCAGAUAAUCUUCGCUGGAUCAGAACUCUGGGGAGUACUCAGUACACAAUCUCCAGUGGUUCCUUCCAUCAUCAGUUCGGGUUCCGGUCUGUUUACAGAUACCGGGAGGAGAGAGAUCUCUAUAUGGGGUUUGCUCCCCCUGAGAGCGAGGUUACAGCAUACCAGGGUAAAUAUAAAUCCGUGGAUCAUAUCUUCUAUUCAACACAGCAGGCAAACUGGGACUUUCAAAGUAUCGAUGGAAGAAAGGAAAAGUACUUGAAACUGUUGGGAAAAUGGACUCUCCCCACCGGCUCUGAGAUCUCUAAACUUGGAGGUCUUCCUUCAACUAUUUCUCCGUCCGAUCAUCUUCCUCUAGCAGCCGAUUUUCUUAUCACAGCCAGAUGAUUGUUACGGAAACAAUAUUUAACCCGCAUUUUCGUUCUGAUUUUUUAAACUAUGCUUUGUAAGUGUCUGAUUGUAAUCUCUCUGAUGCACUGUAUAAUUUUUUGUGUUUUGAAAAUCAACCGUUUUUGCAAGUUUUUUUAUCUGAGCUAGGAUCUUUUUGUGUUGGAUGCUAAUAAUACCGAUUGUUUGAUCUCAAUACCACUUCUAAUUUGAAGAUCAAUGAUUACUCUCUUCAUUUUAGUUAAUCUACCAGGGAACGAUUACCAUGCGGGAUAUAGAAUAAAGAUUAAAUUAAUCUGCAGAUUAAGAAAAGAUCGAGAUCAAGUCUAUGUUUAUGUUAGGAUAAAUCUUGUCUAAAUGAAUUUCUCGACACAAUAAGACCUCUGCAUAUAUUUUUUUUCUAAAAUUGCACAAAUAGUCGAGUUAAGUAGACUGAGAAGAUAAGCACUUGUCAGUUUUAUCAGUAUUUUGAAUAAUUUGUUACCCAAAUAUUUCAGAACAGAAAUGUAGUGUAAGUUUUCUCAGCGGCGAUCUAUUUUUCAAUAGUUCUCAUGUUCCUUUCACCCAGAAGUUUAUUUAGUUUUAGAAUAGUUUAUUUAUCGCCAAUGAAUCGAAAAAAAUCUUGUAAAUCUCCUAACGAAAAAUGUGCAGCCAAGGCCAGUAGCGAGACUGAUCCUGAUUUUGAAGUUUGGAAGUAUCUGGAGUCAGGAGAAAGUUUCUCUCAUUCCACGAAGAAGAAAAGACUAGAAAACGCGCGAAAAUUUUUGAAAAUGUCACAAGUUCAGAAGAUAGGUGAUGCUGGACGGCGGCGGAACCAGUUUACAGAAACAGAAUUAAAAAGUGUUAACUUGGAUGAAAUCCAACUUCCGCCCUCCUCACAAGCUGAGGUAGCGGUAAAUAAAGCUGGCUCAAGUCGGCGACGAGGCACUGGGUAUAAUAUACCACCACCACCUCUCCCCCCUCACAAGCCGGAUCCACCUCCACCAAACUACAAUCAGUUCUUCAGAAGAGUAAGUGAGAAAGUGGAUUUAAAGUACCGGGACGGGAACAAGCAUUUACACUUUGUUAAAACAGAAACUCGGACUAGUGUGAUGUCGGUAAAAGAAGAAUCUGGCCGGGAACUGAACAGGUUGGAGAAAGUGCGAGAAUGGAUUCCAGCAAGUAAUAUGACAUCACAGAAUAAUAAGGGAACUGGUUUGAGGUUCAGGUUCCUCUCCUACAACGUGUUAGCUCAGCAACUUCUGGAGAUGAACCAUCAACUAUACAAAGGGAUGAAUCCUGUCCAUCUAGCUUGGGAGAACCGUUGGCGAGAUAUUCAAAGAGAAAUUCGACAAUAUUCUCCCCAUAUUGUUUGUCUGCAGGAAGUACAGUUCCAGAAACCGAAUCAUUUCCGAAGCCACUACCUUCCUUUCUUCGAGCAACUAGGAUACAGGGCAGUGUUUAAGAGUAGAACAGGAGAUAAGAAGGAUGGUUGCGCAAUAUUCUAUAAGUUGGAUAUGUUUAAAUUAGAUCAAUAUUCUCUGGUUGAAUACUUGAUACCAAGAGUCCCGGUUCUGGACAGGGAUAAUAUUGGAGUAGUUUGUCGUCUAAUCCCUCGUGGUAGAACAGAUAUUCCUCCUCUAGUUGUUGGAACUACACAUCUUCUAUUCAACAAGAAGAGGACGGAUAUCAGGCUAGCACAGAUAGGUGUAUUCCUGGCAGAAGUUGACCGGUUGAGUUUCUGCGCUGGAGAAUACUGUCCUGUCAUUAUAUGCGGGGAUUUUAACGAUUCAACAACAUCUGAAGUUUAUCAACUUAUUAACAAUGGGUAUAUUGAGUACCAGGGUGCACCUAGAGGAGGUGGUGUGAUGCCUAGUCAACUAGUUCCUCCUUCCAUCGGUCUCACAGAUACAUGUCAGUGGGAGCAAGUAUUACAGGGAAGAAAUGAAAUACCUGGAUACGGGUCCGGUAAAUUCUCUCAUAGGUUCUCCUUCCACUCUGUAUAUUCGGACUGGGAGCAACAUGAUUCAUCUAAUAGAGUGGUGAGUACUAAUCAUGGGGACUGGACUAUUGUAGAUUUUAUUUUCUACACAAACUUGAAUAGAAGAGGUUCUUUAAACCUAGUCUCCAGGUUGCUCCUCCCAAGGUCCAAGGAUAUGGAGAGUAUAGGACGAAUUCCUUCAGAUAUUUGUCCAUCAGAUCAUUUUCCUCUUCUAGCAGAUUUCAUCCUUGGUUCAUAAACAUUAACCUCAAGUAUUCUGUUGAGAAACAAAUUAUUUAGUUUUUUUGGAAAAUAUAUUUAAAUUUAGAGAA